UUGAUGACUUCACCCAGUCAGAGCCAACGGUCCAGGCUGAGCAGCGGAUCCCUCGUGUAAUGCUGUAAGUUUCAGCUGAACUUUCUGGAACCUCAGAAGAAGGUUUCUGGCUCUGAGCAGAAAGUAGGACACUGAACAUGCUGGCUCUCGGGACGUUUGUUCUGCUGGGACUAAGCUGUCAAGCUGCUCCUUCUGACCCAUGGGGCCAGUGUUCAGCAAGCCGAAAAUGUAAGGACAAGUUUGGAGACGGGUCCUGUGACAGAGACUGCUUGGACCCCGAGUGUCUUCGAGAUGGUUUUGACUGCCUGAAGGACCGGGGCCACUGCAAUCCUGGCCACACCGAGUACUGCCGUGCUUAUUACGCCAGCGGUCGCUGCGAUCAAGGAUGCAACAAUGCCGCCUGUGGAUGGGACGGCAGUGAUUGUUUCAAAGGCCAGAGCCCUCUGUGGGCUAAAGGCACCCUGCUCCUUCACACUAAAAUCCCAAAACAAAAUGCCAGCUUCUCCAUCAGCCCUCUACUUUGGACACUCAGCAGCCUCCUUCAGACGCCGCUCACACUCAGAGGCUCCCUGUCUCUCGCUGCAAGUAUCAACCUGUUUGACCUUGACCCUAAGGAGCUUGCUGAGCUGCUUGCACACCCCUCCCAAUCUGACUCCAAUGGAUUCCUUCUUUUCCUCCAAGUGGACAAUAGGCCAUGCUCCCGCUCAUCUUUAACCUGUUUUCCUUACGCUACCGAGGCGGCCAGUUUCCUACGCGCAGUGAUGCUGCUGAAGCCCUCCACGUUCCCAACCUUCCCAGAGCUUAAGGCCAUCAUCAGCAUCAGAGGGGUCCGAGAGGAAAUAGGAAGCAGAGAGGAGGAAAUGGAAGUCAGAGAGCCGACCCCUGCGUGGAUCUGGGCCGUCAUUGCCAUAGCGAUUGGCCUCCUGCUUGUGCUGCCGCUGGUGGCUCUCUUGGUAAUGAGGAAGGUGAGGUCACAGCGAGCGGAGAGCAAUGGCAACAGCAGCGUCAGGGUCAGACAUCGGCCUAAAGUCACAGAGGACGAGGACAGCAAAGAGAAGGCCUGGAUGCAGCACACAGCGCACCAGGAACGAGUCAAAUCCAGCAGAGAGAAAGAUAAAAUCAGCCUGAGGAAGAAGAAGAAGGCAAAGGAAGCUGAGAAGAAGAGAAGGAGGGAGCCGCUGGGCGAGGACGCCAUCCGAAUGAGGCCUCUCAAAAGGGACCAGGAAGUGGGUAGUGACACAGACUUCACCCAAAGCUCAAUGGAGGACAUCAGCAUGAAUUAUUCCAGGAGACAGGAGGACCCGUCCAUCUGUGACCACAGAAGCCCGGAGCAGAGACACUUUCGGCCUGGAGCCUCCCAGAACUGCAGACCUAUACAGCCUCCAUCUAGAGGAUGGGAGAGGAACGUCAUGCCUCCUCCUCUACUCAGCCCUCCUCAGCAGUCGGCAGAGUGGUGUGGUCCAGAUGGGUCUGUGGUUCUGAUCCGAGCUGUGCGUAGCGGACUGGACAGGGUGGUCUUGGAGCUGCUCCAAGCCGGAGUCCCCGUAAACAACACAGAUCACACUGGGAGAUCAGCCCUGCACUGGGCAUGCUCAGUGAACCACCUCUCCCUGGCCAGGACCCUCAUACGCUACGGGGCCGCGGUGGACCUUCAGGACAAUAAGGGUGAGACGGCACUCUUCAUCUCUGCCCUCCACGGCUGCUACGACACAGCCAGGCUUCUCCUUCUUCACGGUGCCAAUCUGGAGCUGCACGACCGAAGAGGUCGUCGUCCAACUGACGUGGCCAGAGAGGCUAUGCACCACCAGGUCCUGGAGCUCCUCCUGGCUCACCAGAUGCAGAGGGCGCCGGUCCCCGUCAGCCCGGCCAGCGAUGUGAUGUGGGAGGAGCACGCUCUGAUCUACUCUCCAUGGGUCGGACCACAGGGCCUGCCUGGAAGAAGCGCCUCCUUCUCUGGGAUCAUUGGUCACAGAGACAUGACCCCACAAGCACAAAAUGAUUGGUCAGUGGGCCAGGUUCAGUACCCCUCCCCUCAGAACUGGCGGCCACAGCUCAACCAAUCAGCGACUGCGCUCGUUCCCCCAAGAAUCAUGGGCCGCUCCCCUCGACCAAUCAGCACCUUACAGGAGGUGACCUCAGAGGAUGAGGACCGCGACAGGCAUCAGGACGCUCCUCGAGCCACCACGCCUCAUUUCCUGUCGCCACAGCCCGCCCCCCGGCAGCGCUCCUUUUCCUGCACCCAGCAUGCACUGCAGCAUCGCUCCAGCGCCCACCACCCUGAGCCCAACUACCUGAUUGUGACAGACAGAACAGCCAGUGAGCAAAUUGAGCGAGUGCUGGUUUCUCCUCCCCCAGAUGCUCUGAGGGGUGACCAUCCCCGCAGAGCAGAACCAGCAGCAGGGAGUUCUACAAACACAGAGCAGAAACCCAGCGGUGAGAGGUCCAACAGCACCACCGACUCCACUCAAACCAUCCUGUAGGAGACAGAACCCUCUGCUGCCUUAAAUUCCAGCAGAAACAAAGUGUGAUGAAGACUUGGACCCAAAAUGUGGACUCAUUUGUCCACUCGCUCCCCUCCCUCGAGCUCUGGACAGUUUUCUAAUAAAGGUGGAUGCAGUUGUAUUCUUUUAAAUAUACUUGGAACAGUUUGUAUUGUGAUCUCUGCAGCAUUAUUAAAGGAGGAAAAUAAUAGCCUGGCAAGCCAGACUAAAUAAAUUUAUUAUUUAGUCUGGCCACGCUCCAUUGACGGCUCUCGGUUGUGGGGCAGGUUCUACGGUUGUCUUUCAAAUGAUCUCCGCAUGCUACUGGACAAUGAAUGUGACAUACUCUUGUUUCACUCUGUUGCAUCAUCCCACCCACCAGGCAUAUAGAGUGCCCUGAUUGGCCCACAAAGCGGAUAAAGCUCUGUGAUUUGUUCACUAAGCAGAUAGAGCACUAUGAUUGGCCCACCAUUAUGGACCAAUCACAGCUCUUUAUGUGUUUGAAACCCCUCUAGAGAGCUGUGAUUGGCUAGCCAGAGUCCUGGUAGGAGCUGUGGAGGUUCCAAUGGAGCAUGCCUAGACCAAACUUUGCAAAGCAAGAAUUUGGUCUAGUUCACUAGGCUAGGAAAAUAACAGAAUCAUUAAAAUCCUGCUGGGAAGUUAGAUUUUAUACAUUUGAGGCGUAUUUCUUGGAAUGAUUUCCACUUUGCAUUAAACCUGUAACAGAUUAAGAUUAGUUCAGUCGUUCUAAAUCAGAGAUAAAUUAGUAUAGUCUGUCCGUGUGUCGCAGUUCAAACAAAGAGCUCCAUUUGAACAAUACUCUAGUUCACCAGGAUAUUCAGAGAAGGGUUAGAAGAACUGUGCAAAAGUGGAAAAGCUUCUUUAACAUAUAAAAUUAUGUGGUAAUUCUAAACAUGUAAAUCAUAAAUUCUGAUCUUUCCAACCAUUCCUGGUCUUCCUUCAAUUUACCCUGAAAGUAAAACUGACACCGACAAUGGAACAAUACAAACUUUCUAACCAUCCAGGUUUUUUCAUGUUGCUGCUUUUUUUAUGCUUUUUUCAAGUAAUUUGAGAUUUUUGUUUCCUAAUUUCACAAAGAUUUCUGGAUUAGGCUGCAAAUAAAAAUCAUUCAUAAAUAACUGA